AAAUGUAACACGGCCCAGAGCUCUAUACUUCUCUCCCCGCAGAGUGUUUUUAGCCCUGCCUCGCUGUGCCGCCGUAUAACCCCUUUAGCUCGGCGCUGGGAGAUCGGGAAAGGGAUAAAAAUGAUUUAAAAAGAGUCAAGAGCAAAACAGGGGGGCUUGUGGGGGUGGAGGCUCUCGCCCUGUGGCUUGCAUGGAUCCCCCGCCAUCCACCGAAGUCAAUAUGCGGCUAGUGUCGGCUAAGUGAGGGAAGCCCGGAGUGGGAGCUCCACGGCGAACGUGGCUGUGUCACAAGUGCACCCGUCUGCCGCGUGCUCUCCUGGAGAGUGGAUCCCGCCGAGCUGAGAACCCCCUCUGAACGACGGCAGCGAGCCUCAUCGGCGUCGGCGCGACGAUGACCGAGCUGGUUGUCAAGUGGGCCUGUGAAUACUGCACAUACGAGAACUGGCCGUCAGCCAUCAAGUGCACCAUGUGCCGCGCUCAGAGGCCCAGCGGGGGUGCCAUCAUCACCGAGGAGCCCUUCAAGAGCACUCCGGCUCUGGAUGCCGGCUUGCAGCAGUGGGACCCGCCGGGGCUAAGCAACAGCCCGUCCCAGGGGAGCUCGUCUUUGCUUAUUUGCCCGGAUUCCAGUGCGAGACCACGCGUUCGUGUUGCGGACACUCCCGAGAUCAGUAGCAAGUGGUCUUGUCACAUGUGCACGUACCUGAACUGGCCCCGUGCCAUCCGUUGCACUCAGUGCCUGUGUCAAAGACAACAGGCUCAACAACAACAACAACAACAGCAACACACUAGCCAUCAAGGACAUCAGCAGCCACGCAGCCCCACAGAGGCACCCCAAACCUCAGGUUCUGGAUGCCGUCCUACACCCUCAUCCACCACCACGGACCCCUGUGAGGAAUACAAUGACCGUAAUAGGCUCAACACACACGCACAACACUGGACCUGCACUGCCUGCACUUACGAGAACUGGUCAAAGGCCCCCAAGUGCGUGGUGUGCGAUCACCCGUGGCCAAACAAUAGCCUGCUAGCUGAACCCAUUGAACUGGCGUCCGAGCCCGAGCGCCAGCAGCCAUCUUCAAAAUUCAUCGAAGCGGACAUGGGCAACAGACGGGGUGUCGGGUCCCCGGUGGGCGGCCAAGGAGUCGGAUCCCCGGCGGUAGGUCUAGUCGGGGGUUGCAGCAGCAGCCAAAGGAGGUCACCUCCGUCCUCCAAACGCGAGUCGGAGGUGACCAUGGACUUUCAAAGGAUCGAGGUGGCGUCGGGGGCCGGAAUUGGGAUUAAAGAGGAGUUGGAGGUGGAUUACAAAAAACUCAAGCAGAUUAAGAACAGGAUGAGGAGAAUGGAUUGGCUGUUCGUCAACGCUUGUGUUGGUGUGGUGGAGGGUGACCUGGCAGCCGUGGAGAUCUACAAAACCUCAGGAGGCGACAUCGCCAGGCAGCUGACGUCCGACGAGGUGCACCUGUUGAAUCGCCCGUCUGCGUUCGACGUGGGCUUCACGCUGGUUCACCUCGCCAUCCGCUUCCAGAGACAGGACAUGCUGGCGGUGCUGCUCACCGAGGUGUCCCAACAGGCCGCCAAGUGCAUCCCGGCCAUGGUGUGUCCCGAGUUGACGGAGCAGAUCCGCCGCGAAGUGGCCGCCUCCCUCCAUCAGCGCAAAGGCGACUUCACCUGCUACUUCCUCACCGACCUGGUGACCUUCACACUGCCUGCAGACAUUGAGGACCUGCCACCAGCGGUUCAGGAAAAACUCUUUGAUGAGGUUCUGGACCGAGAUGUGCAAAAAGAACUUGAAGAAGAAUCUCCCAUCAUCAACUGGUCCUUGGAGCUGGGGACCAGGCUGGACAGCCGGCUCUACGCCCUGUGGAACCGCACGGCCGGGGACUGCCUGCUGGACUCGGUGCUGCAGGCCACGUGGGGCAUCUACGACAAGGACUCGGUCCUGCGCAAGACGCUGCACGACAGCCUGCACGACUGCUCUCACUGGUUCUACACACGCUGGAAGGAGUGGGAAUCCUGGUAUUCCCAAAGUUUCGGUCUGCACUUUUCCCUCCGGGAGGAGCAGUGGCAGGAAGACUGGGCGUUCAUCCUCUCGCUGGCAAGUCAGCCAGGAUCCAGCCUGGAGCAGACGCACAUCUUUGUCCUUGCACACAUCCUCCGUAGGCCCAUCAUCGUCUACGGAGUCAAGUAUUACAAAAGUUUCCGUGGGGAAACACUCGGGUACACCCGCUUUCAAGGGGUGUACCUGCCCCUCCUGUGGGAGCAGAGCUUCUGCUGGAAGAGUCCCAUCGCCCUGGGCUACACGCGCGGGCACUUCUCGGCGCUGGUGGCCAUGGAGAACGACGGCUUCGACAAUCGCGGCGCGGGCGCCAACCUCAACACGGACGACGACGUCACCGUCACCUUCCUGCCGCUCGUCGACAGCGAGAGGAAGCUGCUCCACAUCCACUUCCUGUCGGCGCAGGAGAUGGGCAACGAGGAGCAACAGGAGAAGCUGCUGAGGGAGUGGCUGGACUGCUGCGUGACGGACGGCGGCGUCCUGGUGGCGCUCCAGAAAAGUUCCCGCCGCCGCAACCACCCGCUGGUCACGCAGAUGGUGGAGAAGUGGCUGGACGGCUACCGCCAGAUCAGACCUUGCGCCUCGCUGUCUGACGGCGAGGAAGAGGAUGACGACGACGACGAGUGACGUCCCUCUUUUUUUUUUUUUUUUUUUUUCCCCUCCCUUUUUAAUUUCCCCCCCGACACGGACAAACUAGUGACUGCCUUCCGGGAGAGGACACGCUCACGUGACACCUUGCAAAAAAAAAAAUGUGCAGUUAUUAAAGGUUUACAAAAUGAAAAUUCAACCUUUUUCGAUGAGUUUUUCACAUGUAUAAAAUGAGAUCAUCUUUUCAGAGUAGAUGUACAAAUGCAUGUUUAAAAAGUAUAUCAUGAAAUAUACCAGCAUUGAUGUGUUCAGUAAACGCACUGACAAAAAAAAAAAAAAAAAAGCACAUUUCCAAAUUUUUUUUUUUUUUUUUUCCCUUUUGGACGAAGCCAUUAUUGUUUGGAAACGGUUGUUUUCUUCUACUAAAUGACUUUAAAGCACUGCACAUGAAUGAUGUUUCUAUUUUAUUGCUUGAAUAAGCUCUAAUAUGAAGCUCUUGGAAAAAAGGGAGACUUUCCCUUUAAUUCAGAAGUGGACUCACUAGAUUGCGUUCGGAUGUUUUUUUUUUUUCUGGUUUCAGACCAGAAAUAUUGAGAAGUUGCUUGUGUUUUUUUUUUUCUCUUAAAUUUAUUCGACAUAUUUAUUGUUUGUAUUGAAGCUAUUUUCUGUAUAUUUUUCUGCUGCUUUUAUUAUUUUUUUUCUUGACAGUUGAGUGAAUCUCCACAAAGAAACGCUGCAAGGAAAGAAGCAACCGUCGGUGAAAAGUUUACUUGUAAUUUUUUUUUUUUUUUUUUUUUUAGUACCUCAAGCCUACAACCUGGUGCUUUUCUUUCCGUUUUGUCAAGGGGGGGUGUGUGGGGGUGUUUGAGGCACAUUUUCAUGUUCUCCUACAGUCACCCGUCUUUUUGUGUGUGGAAAAAACAUAUUUUCAUUCAACACAUAAAAACCAAAGCAGAUGGAACAUUUGAAACACGUCUAUGUUGUUUGUUUUUUUUGUUGUUGUUUUGCUGUGAAUAUUUGGUUUGUUGCCAUCUCGUAGCAUACUAGCGUCCCUUCAUUUAAAGUUUUUCAUGUUACCCGUUUGUUGCUUUGUAUUUAUGCAAUAGUUGUAUUUUUUUUUGUUUGGGACGAAGGCCUCACAUUACUACACUAUACGUACACGUACACAAAAAAACAAAGACGACAACAAUAAAACAUUUUUCAAUGGCUAAACCGUUGACAAUUUUCCUGU